AUGCUUAAAUCAACACCUCCCUUCACCCCACCUCCACCCAACCUUCACCCCAAACCCCCUUCACCCCACACCCCCUUCACCCACCACCUCCCUUCACCAACCACCUCCCUUCACCCCAGCACCUCACUUCACCCAACACCUCCCUUCUCCCCAACACCUCCAUUCACCCAACACCUCCCGUCACCCCACACCCCCUUCACACCAAAGCCCCUUCACCCCAACACCUCCCUUCACCGCAGCACCUCCCUUCACCCCACCUCCACCCAACCUUCACCCCACAACCCCUUCACCCUACACUCCCUUCACCCCACACCCCCUUCACCCACCACCUCCUUUCACCAACCACCUCCCUUCUCCCAAAAACCACCCUUCUCCCAAACACCUCCUUUCACCAACCAUCUCCCUUCUCCCCAACACGUCCCUUCUCCCCAACACCUCCAUUCACAAAACACCUCGCUUCUCCCCAACACCUCCCUUCUCCCCAACACCUCCAUUCACCCAACACCUCCCUUAACCCCACACCCCCUUCACCCCACACCCCCUUCACCCCAACACCCCCCUUCACCCACCACCUCCCUUCACCGACCACCUCCCUUCACCCCAACACCUCACUUCACCCAACACCUCCUUUCUCCCCAACACCUCCAUUCAACCAACACCUCCCUUCACCCAACACCCCCUUCACCCCAAAGCACCUUCACCCCAACACCUCCCUUCACCGCAACACCUCCCUUCACCCCACACCUCCCUUCACCCCACACCUCCCUCCUCCCCUCACCUCCCUUCACCGCAACACCUCCCUUCACCCCACACCUCCUUUCACCCCACACCUCCCUUCACCCCAUAUCUCCCUUCUCCCCACACCUCACUUCACCGCAACACCUCCCUUCACCCCACACCUCCUUUCACCUAAGACCUCCCUUCACCCCACCUCCACCUAACCUUCACCCAACAUCCCCUUCACCCAAUACCUCCCUUCACUCAACACCUCCCUUCACCUCAACACCUCCCUUCACCCCACACCCCCUUCACACCAGCACCUCCCUUCCUCCCAACACGCCCCUUCACGCCACCAUCUCCCUCCCCCCCCCCCCCCAACACACGCCCCUUCACCCAACCACCUCCCUUCCUCCCAGCACCUCCCUUCCCCCCAACACGCCCCUUCACCCCAGCACCUCCCUUCCUCCCAGCACCUCCCUUUCCCCCAACACGCCCCUUCACCCCACCACCUCCCUUCUCCCCAACACCUCCCUUAACCGAAGCACCUCCCUUCUCCCCAACACCUCCCUUCAGACCAGAACCUCCCUUCACACGAACACCUCCCUUCUCCCCAACACCUCCCUUCGCCGAAGCACCUCCCUUCUCCCCAACACGUCCCUUCAGCCCAGAACCUCCCUUCACCUCAACACCUCCCUUCACCCAACACCUCCCUUCACGCCAGCACCUCCCUUCCCCCCAACACGCCCCUUCACGCCAGCACCUCCUUCACCCCACACCCCCUUCACGCCAGCACCUCCCUUCCUCCCAACACGCCCCUUCACGGCAGCAUCUCCCUUCCCCCCAACACGCCCCUUCACGCCAGUACCUCCCUUCCUCCCAACACGCCCCUUCACGCCAGCACCUCCCUUCCACCCAACAAGCCCCUUCACCCCACCACCUCCCUUCCUCCAAGCACCUGCCUUUCCCCCAACACGCCCCUUAACCCCACCACCUCCCUUCUCCCCAACAUCUCCCUUCACCGAAGCACCUCCCUUCUCCCCAACACCUCCCUUCUCCCCAACACCUCCCUUCGCCGAAGCACCUCCCUUCUCCCCAACACGUCCCUUCAGCCCAGAACCUCCCUUCAGCCCAGAACCUCCCUUCACCUCAACACCUCCCUUCACCUCAAACCUCCUUCACGCCAGCACCUCCCUUCCUCCCAACACGCCCCUUCACGCCAGCACCUCCCUUCCCCCUAACACGCCCCUUCACGCCAGCACCUCCCUUCCUACCAACACGCCCCUUCACGCCAGGACAUCCCUUCCUCCCACCUCCCUUCUCCCCAACACCUCCCUCCCCCCCUUCCCCCCAGUACCCCCCCGCCCCCCCUUUCACCCUAACACCUCCCUUCAGCCCAGCACCUCCCUUCUCCCCAACAACUCUCUUCUCCCCUGCACCUCCCUUCUCCCCAACACCUCCCUUCCCCCCUUCCCCCCAGCACCCCCCUUCACCCAAACACCUCCCUUCAGCCCAGCAUCUCCCUUCAAGCAAACACCUCCAUUCAGCCAUGAACCUCCCUUCACCCAAACACCUCCCUUCAGCCCAGCAUCUCCCUUCUCCCCAACACCCCCCUUCAGCCUAACACCUCCCUUCUCCCCAACAUCUCCCUUCAGCCCAGCACCUCCCUUCUCCCCAACACCUCCCUUCAGCCAUGAACCUCCCUUCACCAAAACGUCUCCCUUCACCCCCAAACCUCCCUUCCCCCCAGCACCCCCCUUCACCCAGCACCCCCCUUCACCCAACAACUCCCUUCAGCCCAGAACCUCCCUUCUCCCCAACACCUCCCUUCAGCCCAGCAUCUCCCUUCAGCCCAACACCUCCCUUCACCCAAACACCUCCCUUCACCCAAACACCUCCCUUCACCCAAACACCUCCCUUCACCCAAACACCUCCCGUCAGCCCAGCACCUCCCUUCACCCAAACACCUCCCUUCACCCAAACACCUCCCUUCACCCAAACACCUCCCGUCAGCCCAGCACCUCCCUUCACCCAAACACCUCCCUUCAGCCCAGAACCUCCCUUCUCCCCAACACCUCCCUUCUCUGCAGCACCUCCCUUCACCCAGCACCUCCCUUCUCCCCAACACCUCCCUUCACCCAGCACCUCCCUUCAGCCCAGAACCUCCCUUCUCCCCAACACCUCCCUUCUCUGCAGCACCUCCCUUCACCCAGCACCUCCCUUCAGCCCAGAACCUCCUUUCACCCCACUUCCCCUUCACCACAGAACCUCCCUUCACUCCAGCACCUCCCUUCAAAUAGUAGUCAGUAUCUCAAUCGGUGA